AUGGGUAUAGAUGAACCUAUUCAGAGAGGGGGGCCAUUUCAUGGAGGAGAUGUUUUAGUUGAAACGGAUGAGCUUUGGGCCCUUAUUGAUGUUUACGACUUUAAUGUUUACUCGUUUGACAACAAUGGAAUCUCAUUUUUCCACACGAACUUUCCAAAUAUAAUGGUUCGAUACCAAGCUGGAGAAAUUCAUAAUUAUGGAUAUUACCAUAUUAACACUCGCUAUAGUCUCACUACCAAUCUAUUUGCGAUACGUUUGUUAGACAAUAGAAAUGUUCUUACCUUCUGGACAGGUUCCUUCCCAGGCACGGAAGUAUCUAUAUCAGAGUUAAAUAAUCAGAAGGAAAUAAAUUAUGUUGCUGAAAAAAACUAUGGGAACCAAAAAGCGACACUUUACGUACCAAACUCCUUUCAGAAUACUGGUGUAAUAUGUGUCACCAAUGUGAAUUUUGAUAUUGGUGUCGACGAAACAGGUGCCAUUGGUGGCUACGUUCUACUUGCCGAUUCAAAUCUUGACUUGUUUCAGGUGUCUAGUUGGAAAUCCACUAUUUGCUUUACCAACAGUCAAUCGGUUCUUCGUGUUCACAACCCAAGAGUUCUUUCGCCUAUUAAUGUGAUGCAAUUUGGGGGAGGAAAUUGUAUCGAAGCCGACGUCGACGACCCUAGCAAUGUGGAUAUCGAGUAUAAAAAUCCAGAACUAAGAAUAGUCCCUAAACUGAUUGUUGUAAACAAACUUAAGGCAAAGCGGGCAUCUGAUAUUUAUUACCGCUUUAACAUUGGUGAUGGAUACAGUAAGGAAAAGUUUCAAGUAGAGUCUAUGGGUGAUAGACUUCGUGUUUGUUAUGACGAACCUGGCGACCCUACCGCCUGUCCUACAUCAUGUGAUCCUAAUAUUCCUGAUCGGAUCCUUGAUCAAGAUCCAGUCGUUGUUACUUCAACAAUAGAAGACGGUCCGACCGUCAUCCUUACAAUUACAACCACUGACGAAGAGUGGACUACCAUUACUUUCACUAUUGAACCUUCCGCUGAGCCUACUACUGCGUUCGCAACUGAAACUACCCCUGAGACCACAUCUGAGUUCACGACUGAAACUCCUGAAGAGACCACUACUGAAAUCACAACUGAAACGCCUGAAGAGACCGCUACUGAAAUCACAACUGAAACUCCUGAAGAGACCGCUACUGAAAUCACAAUUGAAACUCCUGCUGAGGCCACCACUGAGAUCAUACCUGAAACUACUCCAGAUACUGCCCCCGAGACGACAACUGGGCUCACAACUGAAACUCCUUCUGAGACCACAACUGAGCUAACAACUGAAACUUCUUCUGAGACCACGACUGAGCUCACAACUGAAGCCUCGACUGAGACCACUCCAGAUAUAACCCCUGCAACAACUCUGGAAACUACUCCUGAAACGACUCUAGAAACAUCUAUUGGUACCAUUCCUGUAACAAACCCAGAAAUAGUCACUGAAACUCCUGAGACAACUGUUGUGUCUACUGAUGACACAACGACCUACCCUACUACUGACACUACACCAGAAGCCACAUCCGAGACUGCAUCUGAAGUCUCUACUACUAAUGUUACUCCUACUCAAGAACCACCUGUGACUCUACAACCGGAGACAACCCUAGAAACAAUCACUGAAACUCAGGAGACAACUUCUGGGUCUACAGUUGACACAAAACCCGACUCUGCCACGGACAUUACACCAGAAACCACAUCAGAGACUGCAUCUGAAGUCCCUACUACUAAUAUUACCCCAACUCCACCUGUUAGUCACCAACCAGAGACAACACCAGGAACUGAUCCAGAAACUACUGCUACUACUCCCGCCGCAACUCCACAAACCCAUCCAGAAACUUCUCCUGCAACUACUACUGAGGCAACUCCAGGAACUGAUCCAGAAAGUACUACAGAUACAACCUCCGAAGCAACUCCUGAGAGUUCCACUGAGACUACCACACCAACUGCCCAAGAAUCAACCUCAGAUCCAUCUCCAGACGUAUUUCCCGUGCCAUCUCCAGCGUCUUUUUCUGCGCCAUCUCCAGAAACAUCGCCCGUUCCAUCUGAAGAUUCACCUUCUGUUCCAUUUUCAACACCUUUACCAGAUCCUACUCCAGUUUCAUCAUCCGAUCCAAUUCCAGUACCAUCUGCAGUACUAUCUCCUGUUUCAUAUCCUUUGGCAUCUCCAGGAUCUUCACCGGUCUCUCCUACUGACUCAUUUUCUACCCCAAGUCCCGAUCCUUCUCGUAGUAGCAGAAAACCCACAGAAACAACUCUUACCACCAGUACACCCAUCACCACGGUAACAAAGACUACGUUAUCUACGUCCAUAACUUCAACUAUUCAUACAACUGAUACCCCAAUUCCUAGCUUUGUUACCGUAGCUAGUGGAACUAGUACUUUCAGCACAGGACCAUUAACUGUUACUUCAACUACUAUUACUGGGCCAGUUACAGUCACAACAGAUCUCACAAAUACAACUUCAACCAUCACCGUCGUACCAACUGUUCCUUCUUUCCAGAAUCCUAUUACAAGGAGUAUAAAUCUGAUUCCAGACUCAAAUGUGCCACCAGCACCAAUCCAACCAACUCCUUUCCCUCCAACUCUGUGGACUACUGAAACAUAUACCCUUGGGGGGACUCAAACUACAGACACGAAGUUAAUCAUCAAUGGAGACGAUCCUAUGACGUUACAUAGGAGUGAACGAACAGUACUUACACACUUCGCUGAUGGUGCUCUUUCAACAGAGACUUUUGAUGUAUUUGUUACACCUUCAACAGCCCAAGGUCAAAUUCCAUCCGCUACUACAACUACAAUUCGUCUAGAUGGUACUCCAACUGCGGUCACAGCAAUCGUAGUCCCCCCUCUGGGAAAUGUGAGAAGUGACGCCGAUCCUGCUACUGAUGCGAAUGGUCAAAAAGUCACUGGUUAUUCCACAAUUGCUGAUUCUGGAACUAUUAGCAAGCCUUAUAUUCCAACUACUAUUACAUCGCAAGUUACCAGUGCUACCGGUCCAGUUGUCAGUCCUAUUAUUCCGCUUGCUGGGGGAUCUGCUGGAUUAUUGUCUUCCAUUUCCUUAGCAAACUGUUUGAUUGCUAUGCUUAGUUUGAUUUUGUUUUCUUAA